AUGUCUGCACACAUAAAUGAAACGUGCCAAGCUGCUAUUUAUCAUCUGUAUAACAUUAAACGCAUUAGCAGGUAUUUGAGUUAUGAUGACAGGAAGUCUAUAGUUCAAGCAGUUAUAAUGUCACGUAUAGAUUAUUGUAAUAGCCUCUUGCUUGGUGUUCCAUCUACCCAGCUAAGCAAAUUACAGCGUUUACAAAAUGCAGCAGCUCGCCUUGUUAGUAACGUCGCAAAGUAUGAUCACAUUACUCCUACACUUGCUAGUUUACUUUGGCUUCCAGUAACGUAUAGGGUAAAUUUUAAGAUAGCAAUACUUGCUCAUAAGUGUAUCUAUGGCAACGCACCCGAAUACCUUAAGGAUCUAAUACAAGUUAAGAGUACCACCAGAUAUAAUCUUAGAUCGGACGGGGAGAUGUUACUCGAGGAUUAUAGUGCACGAUCAAAGAAGACACUUGGAGACAGGACUUUCAAAGUAGCCGCCCCUAGCAUCUGGAACAUUUUACCGAAGGACAUUACGAAACAGGACAACUAUUAUGCUUUUAAGAAACAGCUAAAGACUUAUUAUUUUAAACUUGCAUACAAUUUUUAA